CGGCAGAAAUGUCGUCUUUUAUCAGUAAGUGCUUAUGAUGGUAAAAGGGAAAUCCUAUCCAGAGUCAAGUUGAUCAGUCUCGAUCAUAAUAGCAUACAGCGUUGAACACGGUGAGUUUUUUUGCACCUAAUUAACGUGACAAAGAAUGCAGCGUAAAUGAAAAACUAAUUGCCAUAGACACACAAAAGUCGAUUCGCCAGCAAGGAUAUGUAACAUUCAAGAGACGCUUUUCACAGCAACUUAAACUAAACAUCUCGAAUUCGGUCACGUAGCCGCGGAUUUCUUGUGUUAAUAAAACCGGUGCUCGAGAUCCUCUUCGAAAUGUCACCAUCACGUUUUUAAUUCAUCCGCCAAUUUCGUCUUCAGAAGCAUAAGCUUAACUUGACAGGUAUUUUCUGAGGUUAUAAUUGCCUUCAUUUUCAACUUGUCUUUGGGCCAUACAGAAACAUGAUGGCAAGGUCAUAGUCUAUAAGACAGUUUUACACAGAACGAAGAAAACAUGUUUUUUACUUUGUGUUCUUCGGUAUCUUUAACUGACACUUAUUUUGAAAAUAUGGAAAUUGGUUCAGUAGUUCCUUAUUUUUUAUUUCACGAGAAAAUAUUAGUGUUAAUUGCCGGCGUAAGGUUGUCAAUAUUUCAACCAUCUUGACAUUAAAAAGAUUUUUCCUUUCACAGGCUAAAGAACGACAUGAAUAAAAUUUACUGGCGAUGAGUGAUAAAACAAAACGGAUGAAGGAUGGAAAAUACAACUGAUAACUAUCGUAGAAUUCCACCGCGGAGCAAAUUUAAUGACGAAGAAUCAACUGCAGUGUUAAGGCUGAUUAUUGAGCAAGAAAGACUGCUUAAAACUCCAGCAAAUCCGGUUCUGAAUAUUAACAGUGACAAGCUGAAAAGACUCCCUCCACUGAAUGGCAAAAUGCUGGAUUCUUUGGAUCAAUUUGACCCACACAGGAGCCAGCGAAAACACAGGCCGGGGGACGACAUUGUUCUGAGCAGGCCGACGCUUUUGAAAGGAAAGGAAUGUCGUGCGCUCGAGGAACCUGCAUCACUCGGCGGCAAGCCAAAAGUUCCAGACAUAUACAGCACGCCAAAAAUCGCUCGGCCUCGAGAUCGCGAGAGGCCACGCGCGUCGUACGGACGUGUAGCUCCGAGUCGUAGCAGUAGCACGGAAACGAACCCGCGCAUCCGCUCGAGAAGCACGGGGGAAUGUAACGAGUUGAUUUUUUCGGCGACUGAGGACGCUUUGGAAAGACCGACAAAUCCUACUCCAUUAGAAAACGAAGAUGACUUUAAAAAUGAUCAAGAAUUUGCAUCCAGAACUUCAUGUAGCCAAAGCGAAUGUUAUGAUAGUGACGAAGAUAAGGUAAACGCAGAGCGAGUCUACGCUUCUUACAUCAAUUAA